AUGUACGAUCAUAUUAUAGUAGGAGGUGGCCUUUCAGGCUGCGUUCUCGCUAGCCGCAUGCGAGAAUAUGAUCCAAACACCACAAUCCUCCUCAUAGAAGCUGGAGAGGACACUCGUGAGCGUCCUGGGAUUCGAGACAUGCAGGUCCUGAACUUGGGCGGCGAACUAGACUGGCAGUACGAGUCGGAGCCUGUUGCUGCUCUUGGUGGUCGACGAGUUACACUGAAUGCUGGAAAGGGCCUUGGUGGCGGCUCAUUGAUCAACUCUGGUGGAUGGACACGUGGUGCGUCAAUAGAGUACGACGAAUGGGCAUCGCUCGUCGGCGAUGACCGAUACACUUACAAAGGUCAACUACCCUGGUUCAAGAAAUCUGAGCAUUGGUUUGACGAUGCCAAUCCUGAUCAGCAUGGUCACGAUGGACCCAUGCGUAUUACUUGCGCGAAGGCUUCAAACCGCUUAUUUCCCCUCGCUGAGCAGGCCGCUGCUAGUUGGGAAGAACUCGGUGUCUCUACGCUGCCAGAUGGCGAUCAGAAUACUGGAAACAACCUCGGUCGAGGCUAUAUCUGUGAAGCCAGAGAACAAGGUAGACGCGAAUGGGCGGCGAGUCAAUACUCGCUUGAGGGAGUUGAGAUCCGCUUUGAGACUUCUGUUCGCAAAGUUGUCGUGCAGGAAUCUGAUGGACAGGUCAAGGCGACAGGUGUUGAGUUGGCGGAUGGCAGUGUCGUUGCUGGCAAGAACAUCAUCCUGUCUGCCGGAGCCUACCGUUCUCCUCAAAUCCUCCAGCUCUCGGGUAUCGGUCCAAGAGCUCAUCUUCAAGAAGUUGGAAUUGAGCCAGUGGUUGACCUGCCAGUGGGCGAGAACCUGGCCGACCACAUGAUCUUCUUCCAGCACUGGCGCCUUCGCGAUCCCUCAGCCGGCUAUACUCUUGGCUCAUCGAAUCCUCUCUUCCAACAACCCCAGUAUGGACAAGGUACACCGGUCGAUUGGGUCUUUAACACGAGCGUUGCAAGCGACGGCCUUGCUCAAGCUAUCGAGAAGGACGAGGGUGAACGACCUGAUAGCUCUAAGCAUCCUCUGCUCGCCCAGGAGCGAACUUUUCUGGAAAACAUCAUUGCAUUUGCCAAGAUUCCAUUCCCCGGCGUUCCGGUUGAUGCAGAGCAUAUGACCACUGCUCUGGUAACGUUUCUGCCGACGUCUAGAGGCUCUGUGUCCUUGAAGUCGGCGAAUCCUGACGAUUAUCCGGAAGUCGACCUGAACUACCUCGCUACCGAGGUGGACAGGCACGUCUUUCGUGAAGGACUGCGUCAAUUGACAAAGUUCAUGCUGGGCACCAAGUUCAGUGAGCAUGUCAUUGGCGAAUCAGUGCCUGAGGCUCUCCCCGCGGAACCACUGGCUCUGGAUGAUGAUGACCGAAAGCUGGACCAGAGGAUAGCGAUGACUAGUGGUACAUCGUGGCACCCGACGGGUACUUGCUCUAUGGGUACAGUAGUAGAUACAGAGUUUCGCGUCAAGGGGAUUGAAGGCCUGAGGGUUGUCGACGCGUCGGUUAUUCCUGUGCCGUUGAGUGCGCAUAUUCAAGCGCCUCUGUACGCGCUUUCGGAGCAGGCUGCUGCGAUAAUUAUGGGUAAGGCUUGA